AUGGGGAGCAACAAGAGAAAGGUAUUGAAGGGACUAUUGCAGAGUGAUGACUUGUAUGAGUACAUCUUGGAGACUAGCGUGUAUCCGCUCGAACCGGAGCCUCUCAAGGAGCUGAGAGAAGCCACUGCCAGCCAUCCCUGGGCUGGGAUGGGAACUGCCCCAGAUGCCGGCCAGUUGAUGACCAUGCUGUUGGGGCUAGUGGAUGCAAAGAAGACGAUUGAAGUUGGAGUUUUUACCGGAUACUCUCUUCUCCUCACUGCUCUUACACUUCCUGAGGAUGGCAAGAUUGUAGCCAUAGAUGCACAUCGUGAGCCAUAUGAUCAAAUCGGAUUACCAAUCAUAAAGAAAGCUGGUGUUGAGCACAAAAUUGAACUCAUUGAAUCUGAGGCCCUGCCUGUUCUUGAUAAGCUAUUGGAACAACACGAAAAUGAAGGAAGUUUCGACUUUGCUUUUGUGGAUGCGGAUAAGGAAAAUUAUUGUAAUUACCAUGAGAGGAUAAUGAAGCUGGUGAAGGUGGGAGGUAUAGCUGUGUAUGAUAAUACUCUUUGGGGAGGGUCAGUUGCAAUGCCUAUUAAGUAUAUACCAGAAGGAAGAAAACCAGGCAGACAAUCUAUGAUAGUGCUCAACAAGUUACUUGCUGCUGAUACUCGUGUCCAGAUUUCACAUGCUUCUGUGGGUGAUGGGAUCACAAUUUGUAGGCGACUGCACUGA